AAAACAAAACAAAAAAAUAAACAAAAAUUAUUGUUGGAAGGGGGACUCCGCUAGCCAGCUAAAACAAAAAAAAAACUGGGUGUCAAUUUCUCUCCUUUCUCUCUUUUACACUUUUUAAAACUAUGAGUGAUCAAGACCAUGAAGAGUUUUCUUCACAAAUUAUACAAGAAGAACAAGACUUUUUCUUUGACGACGAAUCAGUUGAUCAUGAAGCAGAAUUCAAGUUAUCCCAAGAAGGUGGUCAUGCCGCAGUCGUUGUUGACACCGAACAUUCCUUUCGUCAUAUGCUUGCAGGACCUUCUACACACAAGGCUGGGUUAGAGAGUGUUGACAAAGAGCAAGUGAACAAGAUCAUUUACGAGGCUUCCAAAGGAUCGGCCUUUUUUGAACGCGAAAAAGUUCGGGAUGAAGCAAUCACAAAACGCAUUGAUGCGAUUCUUGGGAAAUACGAACUCAUUAAACAUCAGGACCUCUCUUUUGAAACUCGCAUUGUAGAUAAUAUGAUUCGGGAUUUAGAAGAAAGCCGUGAUCUAAGUCAAUGUAUCUGUCAUGUAGAUAUGGACGCAUUUUACGCCUCUGUAGAAGAAUUAGCUGACCCAGAGUUAAAAAAGGUUCCUAUGGCCGUAGGAAAUAUGACCAUGUUAUGUACCAGUAAUUAUCUGGCUCGAAAGUUUGGUGUUCGAAGCGCCAUGCCUGGAUUUAUCGCCAUGAAAUUAUGUCCGCAGUUAAAGUUAAUACCCUUACAUCCUCAAAAGUACGUCGAAGCUUCAAACAAAGUCCGUGCUGUCUUUGAGAAAUAUGAUCCUAAUUUUCUACCCAUGAGCUUGGAUGAGGCCUAUUUAAAUUUGACAGAGUAUCUAAAAACCACAGAUAUGACACCAUCCCAAUUGGUGGAACAAAUACGGCAAGAGAUUUUUGAAAGCACACAACUUACAGCAAGUGCAGGUAUUGCUUGUAACCGAACUCUAUCAAAAGUAUGCAGCGAUAUCAACAAACCUAACGGGCAAUACUAUCUUCCUAUUCAAAGCAAAUCAGGCAUUUUGGCUUUUGUACGCGAAAUGCGAGUACGACAAAUCCCAGGUGUCGGUCGAGUAACAGAGAGAGUAUUGGAGUCACUUGGUGUGAAUACAUGUGGGGAUAUCUUUGCUCGUCGAGCCGUCUUGUAUAAACUGUUGAGUCCCAUUAGUUUUCAAUUCAUGCUUCGAAAUUAUCUAGGAUUAGGAUCUACCUCCUUUAGUGCUGAGGUAGAAAGAAAAAGCAUGAGCGUAGAGAGGACCUUUGCAGCCAUGUCCAAUCCAGAUGAACUAUUUCAAAAAUUGCACGAAUUAUGUCAGCAUUUAGAACAAGAUUUAGAAAAGAAAGGGUUGAUGGGUAAGAAUAUCAGCAUCAAGAUUAAAUUUGUCACGUAUGAAGUAAGAAUUCGUUCCAAAUCACUUCCAUCAUCCAUUUGGACGGCCAAGGAUAUCGAACGUAUCGCAAAACCGUUACUUAUCAAGGAACUUCCCAUGAAUAUUCGUCUCAUGGGGAUUCGCAUUUCUUCCAUGAAACAACGAGGUACAGAAGAUGAAAGUGUUCGCAAGUAUUUUACAAAACUUCCGUUGCCUGAAUAUGAUUCUACUAUUGCUGUACAUACACCUCCCACCAAUCCUCCAGUUAUUGAAGCACCUCCCAUGCUUGUGUGUCCUAUUUGUAACCGCCAGUUAAUUCUAGAUAAUGCAAAUUUCAACAAGCAUGUGGAUGAGUGUCUGAGUAAAGUUGAAGUCAAGGCUAUUUUGAAGGACCAGUUGGACAAUGAAAGAUCAAGUAUGAGUCAUUCUCGUCCUACACCUAAACGAGUGAAAAGGUCAAAUAAUGGUAAAUCCUUAUUGGAUUAUUAUUCCCAUUCAUAAUAUGAUUCAGUACUGUACAUCUCUAGCAUGAAUAUCCAAAUACAUAUCAUAUGUUAAAUCAUUAGUAAUAUACAUUGUAACGGUUUAAUAAUAAAAAUUUUCAAAAGAUAAA